GUAAAUCAGUCUAAACAAACAUUGUUAUGAGGCGUUAUUGUUAAUGUUACCGUUAAGACGUACUCGAUUUUCUUUAUAUCCAGAAAUUAUAUUCCAUAAAAAUGGUUAAUGACGAAAAAAUCGAUUGGCUUGCAAUUUGUUCCCAAAACAACAUCGAAGCAAUAAAUUUUAUCGAUUUCAUAAAAGAAAAAAUCGCAACCUGUCCAUCGGAUAAUUCCAUUAAGUCAGAUAAUAAUGUCAUCAUUUCAAAGGAUUAUAUAUCCUUAAUGAAUAGAUUGAUCAAUAAUUUUUCACUAUUACCAUUCGUAGUCGAACCGAUACCAGAUAAAAAAUUCUGCUGCAAAAUCACCUAUAAGGGUAAGGAUGUCGAAGGAAUUGGAUUGUCAAAAAAGGAGGCCAAACAAAAAGCUUGUAAACAAUUGUAUGAAAUUGAAACUGGAUAUGAAGAAAAACCCGAUAAAAAUCUAACAAGAUCCGAAUCGGAAGAAUCUAAUUCAAGUUCUAUUCGUUCAGAUUCAUCUAUCAAGGUAACAACACCAUCGGACGAAUCUUCAAAAUGUUUGAUAGAAAAAACAACUCCCAUAAUAUUACCGACAUCACCAUCAACGACGACAACAUUUGAUUACAUAUCAAAUUUACAGAUUAUAUGUUCCAAAAACAGGCAAUUUACCAAUAUGCCUGAUUAUACAUUCAAACAAAUUGAUCACAUACAUUAUUGUACAUGUUAUUUACAAACUAAAGUUAUAAAUGGUCAAUCAUUUAAUGGUCAUGGUGAAAGUACUAACAAGAAAGAGGCAAAAAAACAAGCAGCGCAACAGGCAUAUGUCGCUUACAAUGCUUAUUUUGGACGAUAAUUAUGUAGUCAGUCAAUCCAAUAUCAAAUACUAAUUGUUUCGGCAAUUAAAAAAAUUAUUUUUUCUUUUUGCUAAUAUUAAAUACCAAAUAAUCAAUAAUGAA